CGUCAACUUUCUGUCAGGCGGAAGGCACGACGCAAGCAAUCCUGCCCACCAUGAGCUUGCCAAUCCGCUCCAGGUGCCUGCCACGGCCGGCAGCCCUGCCCGCCGCCGUCACGCCCCCGGUCACCGCCCGCCGCACCUUCAUCUCCGAUCUAUGGAACUCGCUGCGCCCGCGCAACAAGAACCAGCAGCCGCAGGACCCGCGCUCCGAGAAGCAGCAGCCCAAGAACCCGCUGCUGGAGGAAUACAUGCGCAACAAGCCGAAGAGCACGCGGCCGGAGCUGCAGCGCGGCGACCUGACGGACUCGUCCAUCUUCGCCGACGAGGCCAAGGCGCCCACCGAGACACCCGAGGAGCGUCGCGCCCGCGAGGCCGAGGCCAAGAAGAACGAGCCGCGCAACCCGGCCGCCAUGGCCGCCGCGCUUGACCCCGCCCCGCAUGCCCGCCAGCGAUGGGAGCGCAAGAUGGCGAUCCGCGAGGUGCGGCAGCGAGGGCGCGUCAGCAAGACGGUCCAGCUGAAGCGCACCGAGCGCGAGGACCUGCAAAAGAGCUCCCUGAUCAAGACGUCGGUCAAGAAGCUGGGGAUGCUGGCGCGGCAGAUUGCCGGCAAGCCCAUCGACGACGCCAUCACGCAGAUGCGCUUCAGCAAGAAGAAGGCGGCCAAGUCGGUCCUCGAGCACCUGCAGUACGCCCGCGACCACGCCGUCGUCAGCCGCGGCAUGGGCCUCGGCGAGGCCACGGGCACCAAGGGCGAGCCCACCGAGAUCGAGCUCAAGGACGGCCGCCGCAAGCUCGUCACCGACCGCACCGGCAUCUACGUCGACCAGGCUUGGGUUGGCCGCGGCCAGUACGGCCGCGCGUACGACAUCCGUGCCCGCGGCAUGGUCAACGUCAUGCGCAUCCCCUCGACUAGCAUCUCCGUCGUCCUCAAGGAGGAAGCCACCCGCAUCCGCCUGUCCCAGGAGAAGCAGAAGAAGCGCGACAACCGCAAGGUGUGGCAGCCGCUGCCCGACCGGCCCGUCACGCGCCAGCGCCAGCACCUGAUGUGGUAGUGGUAGCCGGCAGGUGGGGGGGAGGGGUGUGUGUGUUUGACGAGAGAAAGGGGAGCAUGGCAAGAGAAGGCGCGGUAGGAAAGCGUACAUACACGAACGCGUAGGACAGAUGCCAUGUAUUUGGACGAACGGAUUGUAAAAUACACAUAUAUACCCUGCAUGGAACAGGGCUAGAGACAAGGACAGAACUUGUACGAUUCAACUGUUGUUCGCUCUUCGCGGUGAUGCAGAAGCGAAACGUGCCAAUGUUCCUUCCGUUCAUACAGGCACGCACUACCUAUCAAACACACCAGCACGACACCCACCCAUACCCCCCAUAGGUAGGUAGCACGCCACGCCACGCACAUCACAAGCAAGCAAACAACCCAAACCCAAACCCCCACCC